CAAGUCCUUGACCCCUUCUCUCUCUCUCUCUCUCUGUAUCUAGAAUGAAAGACAGCAUAGUUCUGUAUCCCUCUCCAGGGAUCGGCCAUCUUGUGUCCAUGGUGGAACUAGGCAGACUCAUACUAAAACACUUUCCAUCUUUCUCCAUUACUAUCCUCAUCACUCUCCCACCUUUCAACACAGGCUCCACCGGUCCUUACAUAACUCGCAUCUCCACUGCCACUCCAUCCAUCUCCUUCCACCACCUCCCAGCCGUCUUAAUCUCUCCUGAUUCCAUCACCUCUCCCCACCAUGAAGCCCUCAUCUUUGAUGUCGCCCGCCGCAACAACCCAAACGUCCACCAAGCGCUUCUCACCAUCUCCCAAACCUCUACCAUCAGAGCCUUUAUCAUCGACAUAUUUUGCACUCCUGCUCAAGAUGUUGCAGCUUCCUUCAACAUACCCAUUUACUACUUCUACACAUCGGGAGCCGCCGCUCUCUGUGUCAUGAUCUACUUCCCAACCAUCCAUAAGAACACCACAAAAAGCUUGAAAGACCUAGGCUCCGCCCUUCUUGACUUUCCUGGCACGCCACCAAUCCCUGCACAGGACAUGGUCAAGCCCAUGCUCGAUCGAAAUGACGAUGCCUAUCAGGGUUUCUUAGAAUUCUUCACUCGAAUGCCCGAAUCGAACGGAAUUCUCAUAAAUACAUUUGAAUCAUUAGAGCCCAGUGCUUUAAAGGCGCUUUUGGCCGGGUUGUGCGUCCCCGACCGUCCUACCCCGCCAAUUUACUGCGUAGGCCCUGUCAUUGCGGCAGAUGAUCGAACAGUUGGUGAGCAUGGUGAGAAACUAGAGUGCCUAACUUGGCUCAAUUCUCAGCCGAAUCGGAGCGUUGUAUUCCUCUGUUUCGGUAGCUUAGGACUAUUCUCUGCAGCACAGUUGAAGGAGCUGGCAGUUGGGUUAGAGAAGAGUGGGCAAAGGUUCCUGUGGGUGGUGCGCAAUCCACCCACAGAGGACAAAAGCUGGCGCAAUAUGGCACCCCCUGAACCGGAUUUGGAUGAUUUGCUACCACAAGGUUUCUUGGAACGGACUAAAGACAGAGGGUUUGUUGUAAAGUUAUGGGCCCCACAAAUGGAGGUACUGAGUCAGAAAUCAGUGGGUGGGUUUGUGACUCACUAUGGUUGGAACUCGGUGUUGGAAGCGGUGUGUGCAGGUGUUCCCACGAUUGCAUGGCCACUCUAUGCAGAGCAACGUGUGAAUCGGAUAUUUUUGGUGGAGGAGAUGAAACUCGCCAUGCCCAUGAACGAGUCGGAAGAUGGGUUUGUGAGUGCUGCUGAGGUUGAAAAACGAGUUAGGGAAUUGAUGGACUCGGAUGAAGGGAAAACUCUUAAGAGGGCGAACCAUGGCCUUGGGAUAUGCCGCCGAGGCUGGGCAAGUGAGGGCGGCUCAUCCCGAGCUGCAUUCUCCAAGGUGGCCGAGUUGUGGUAAUCGUCUGGUUGAGUUUACCGUAAAAAUUAAGAAGCUGUAUGUUUUUAAUGAAAAUAAAACUAAAUAUUAACAAACUCA